AUGUUCAACAUCACGGUCAUACGCUGGAUCCUUCCGUUGCCUCCGUGGAAGUCACUGCUAUGUCUCCUCAGCACAAUCUUCUCCAGUCGCAAAUCUAUUGGAGAACUGGACGGCGAUACCAAUACAGAGGACACUGCCGCAAAUGGAAAAGUCCCAGCCGGCACACAUCCCGAAACAAAACCUGGCGUGCAACCUGGGUCUACAUUACCAGCAAGAAUGUUAGAACGCCAUCAUCAGAUAUCAAAUGGCAAAAGAUCGGCCAGCAAGAUAUCUGGAUUGGUUGAAGUAUUGCGGACCUAUGAAGCGAUCAAAAUAACAAUGGCUCACUUUAUCCAGCGUUGGAGUGGAUGGGUUGGAUUGUUAUUAAAGCGAUUAACCUGGGCACCUGCGUCAACCCGUGUUUCAACAGACACAACUCAGCCUAGCCAGCAAAGUAUUAUUUGCGUUGGAAUCUUCUCCACUGUUCACCGUCUUGGCGAUGUGGUCCGAAAAGUACCGUCUCCUAGCGACACCGGGGACUUUCCCAGCAAUUGUAAAGCUAUUCGCAACGAAGCUCAGAUCUACAGUCUUCUCGGCAGCCACACUCGCAUUGCUGAAUGCCUCUCUGCGAACCCGACUGAUAACCAUAUCGAUCUUCAUUAUUAUCCAAAUGGAACUCUUCUUGACUAUAUAAAAACGCAGGGGGACAAUAUCUCUGGCCGAAGACGAUGGAGAUGGGGCCAGCAGAUUAUUGAAGCCGUUGUGCUAUUACACAGCCAUGGAAUUAUCCACUCCGACCUGGCUCUUCGUCAAUACCUCGUUGACGACCGACUGGAUGCCCGGCUUAGCGACUUUGGAGCGUCCGCAUUUCCAGGUCACGAUGCACUGGGGCUCGAGAACGCAAGCCAUUGCUUGCCUAGAGACUUUGACCAGCCCAAUACGGUUGAGUCAGACUUAUUUGCACUUGGCUCUACACUCUAUGAACUUGGAACUGGUGUGGCCCCUUAUUGCGACCUCAACGAUAAUGAAAUUGCGUGCCAGUACGCUCGAGAAGUCUUUCCUGAUGUCUCCGGAACAUUUUGCGGCGAGAUUAUCCUGCAGUGCUGGAAGAGGAACUUUAUCUCUGCGGAACAUGUCCUGUCAUCGUAUAACACAUUACUCAAGCCGGAUUUUAAGGAUACUCCAUUUCUUUUAUGCAGGAUAAUAGCUAAUGGGUCUUAA